AUGCAUAAUUUGGUCAUUCUUCCCGUUUCUGCAAUUUUCAUCUCUCACUCUCGUCUUUUUCUUCACUCAUCUGUCCGGUGUCAUUUUGACUCAAUUGAGCAAGCUUCUUCCAUGUCGCUGAGAGUAUGGAAUUGAAUUCUGGACUUUGUUUGGGGACUUGGAGUUGAGAUUCUCUCCGAAUUGCCAAGGAAAGAAGAGGCCUCCGUUCUCUUCUUCCCCGCUUUGCUCUGUCGUGGUUGGGCCAUUGCCUUAGGGUUUCCCGGAAAUGAAAUCCUCUCUCAGUAAAUUGAAGAGAAUUGCACUUCACAAGAGCGCUGAGAAGGAGAAGACGGACGCUCAGCCUUCGUCCAAGUUCGAUGAGCUUGCUCAGGCUGCUAAGGAUAUGCAAGAGAUGAAAAAUUGCUACGAUAGCUUGCUAGCAGCUGCCGCUGCUACUGCAAACAGUGCUUAUGAGUUCUCUGAGUCGCUGCAGGAAAUGGGUACUUUUCUGUUGGAGAAAACUUCACUGUAUGAUGAUGAAGAAAGCGGCAAACUUUUGGGGAGGCUUGGCAGAGUGCAGCUUGAACUUAAACAACUCCUUGAUAGCUAUCGUUCUCACAUAUUUCUGACAAUAGCAAACCCUGCAGAGAUUCUUCUCUCAGAACUAGGAACUGUUGAGAAUAUGAAGCGGCAAUGUGAAGAAAAAAGAGAAGUUUAUGAAUACAGGAUUGCCCAACAGAAAGAAAAGGGGAAGUCAAAAGGUGCAAAGGGUGAAAGUAUCACUCCACAGCAGUUGCAAGCAGCUCAGGAUGAAUAUGAAGAGGAAGCAACCCUUUAUGCUUUUCGGUUAAAAUCUCUGAAGCAGGGGCAGUCCCGAAGUCUCCUAACUCAAGCAGCCCGCCACUACGCUGCUCAGUUGAGCUUCUUUCGCAAGGGGCUCCAGUCACUUGAGGCUGCUGAGCCUCAUGUUAGGAUGGUUACCAAACAACAACAUAUUGAUUACCAACUCAGUGGACUUGAGGGUGAUGGUGAGUAUGACUGUGAGGCAACUGAAGCGGGUGAAUAUAAGCAGGGACUCGAUGUUGCAACAUCACGGAACUCUACAGAGAUGGAGGAAUCAGGUUCAUAUGUUCAAGCUACAACAACAGAAACUUCAGAGGCCAGUUUAGACAGAGGAGAUCUUAAAGUCUCUACUAGAGAGCAUAGAUUCAGCAGCUAUUCAGCUCCAAUAUUUGCAGAAAAGAAGUUUGACCCUGCUGACAAAGUUAGACAACUGGUAACACCAUCUACAGCAAAGUCUAAUGCUUACGUACUUCCUACACCUGUUGACAUAAAAGAAACAAAUAUCACAAAAUCAAGUUACGCAGCCACCCGCACAAGUUCAAGUGGGCGCUCACAUAAUUUGAGGCAUUCUUCUCCGUUAGAUGAGAAAAACGAGAAAGAUUGUGGUGAUGGUAAAUCUUCUGAACGAGCUAACCGUGGGGCUCCUUCUGUCCUCAAAGAAAGCAACACGGAUUCCACUUCCACUCAGCUACCGCGUCCUUCAUCAGAGGGACUGACACCUCCACAAGUCGACGUUGCUUUUGACACUAAGAAGGUCAAAAGACAAGCUUUCUCAGGUCCAUUGACUAGUAAACCGGUGUCAGUAAAACCUCUUUCAUCUGGCAAUUCCAUUGGACUUGCUGAAACACCGCCGCUUGUUUCUGGGGUGCCUUCACGUUUUUCAAUGCCUCAGCCUUUAUCUCCAAAAGCAUCAUCUAGUGCUUUACCUUCCUUUGUUGCUUCAACGAGGAUGAGUGAGCUUCAUGAGCUUCCUAGACCUCCUAAUAAUCAAAUCACCAAGCCUGCAAAAUCUUCGCAAGUAGCUCACUCUGCUCCAUUGGUGUCAAGAAAUCAGGAGGGUUCUGCGACUAAUAAAAUUCCCUCUGCAGCAUCCACUGCCGCAUCCCCACUUCCAACCCCACCCUUAAUUGUUUCUCGGAGUUUUUCUAUACCCCCUAGCAGUCAGAGAGGAAUGUCAUUACACGUUGCUAAGAUUUUAGAUACUUCCCAAGUUCCUGAGAAGGCUGAAGUUGUGUCUCCUCCAUUGAAUCCUAUAUCCCUCUCAGACAGCGAGAGGGUACCAAGCAUAUCUGACCUGGCUUCUCGCUCCAAGGAAAUCCAAGUGGAUGCAGGUGGGAGCUAAAUCUGUUGCUUCUGUAGACGCAGUGUAAUUCUGGGGAGCGAAUGUUAGUAUGAGGGCUUUGAUUUCUUGCGAGUGUACUUUCGCGUUGGCUGUGUAGAGUUUUAGGGUCUUGCUCAGCAGAACGUUGUUUAGGGUUCUGUCUCAUAAUUUUCAGGCAAGUUUUUGUACAUACGAUGUUUAUGUAUAGUUCCUCGUCACAAAUUGUACUGACUCCACUAGAACCGGUGAUUAUGAAAAUUAAAUUUAAACUCCACACAAUUGCGCGAUUA